UUGAGGAUUUUUCAUAUUUCAGGUUGCUCAUCAAUCGCUGGAAAUGAAGAGCUUGCUCCUCCCCAUGAUCUUCAAGUCUUUUACUACCUUACUGGCCUACUAUCUCACCAACCGUACAGCCUCGUGGUUAACAUAACAUGGCAACCCCCGUUCGACGAUUCAUUGUUUUUUGUGACCGGUUUUAACCUCUAUGUCGUCGACAUGGAUGCCAACGAAAAGCACUGUUUUCAGGUAAUCGUUGGCAGAGACGUAUGGACCGUCGCGGAUAAAGACAACCACAUCAAGUUCUGGUUUAGCGUGACGGAUUUGUUCGUGUUUCGUCACCGAUAUUACAUAGGCGUCCAAACACUACCUAAAUCUUUGAACCGAAGUGUCGAAGCGGGCAUCUCUAGGAUUGAAACGCGGAUGCCUGAACAUCCAGGCAUAAAUCUGGAGGACGAUUCGGACGUAUGUUCAGAAACAUCCCAUCCGGACGCGCACGGCUGGGUGACCGCCUUCAAUCUGGUGGACAUCCAAUCAUGGACAAAAUCGAUCUUCGUUGAGUUUGUAGCGGCGCCCCUAAAAUACUGCUUUUCUGAGUAUGAAAUCCGCCUAAUGGACGUCGAAUCUCGUAUCGUCCGUUCUGCCGUGCUGCGUAACGGAUCUGCUUAUGCUGGCUGGAUAGGCAACUACACCGUCAGCUAUGUAAACUACACGUUCGAAAACGUCACCCCCGGCGUUUACAGCAUCGGCGUGAUUCCAAUUGAGACGGACGAUCAGGGCCGUUGCCUUUGUCAAAUGCCGAACAAAGUUUGCUCAUGCACUAUGGCAGUCUUUUCGGACAUAAGGAUGCCUGAUGUGAAACAGCUUCAGUUUGAUCCGUGUGACCUCUUGCCGCCGAUAAAAAGUCCCCUGUCGUGCUACGGUGGUAACGCAACUGUGGACGUUAAGAGUAUCGCCGGAGUUCAGAGCCAAGAAUUGAACAAUCGCAGUUGGUUGCUAUUCGGCGUCACGCUAAUCACGCUGUCGAUGGUUGUAUGUUUGAUGGCGCUGCUGUACUUCAAAUAUUUCCAGCAGUACUUCAAGAACGUAAAGAUGUACCUGAUACCGAACGAUUCGGUAGUACUUCUGCCGCGAGAACAGGCUCACAAGGAGCCAAACAAGACUAUAUUGUUGAUUUAUGCACACGACUGUCCGCAGCACGAUUUUGCUGUUAAGGCAUUUGCCAACUACCUGCAAUCGGUUUCUCAAUGUACGGUGGUCAGUGAUUUCAACUCCGUUGAGGAGAUUUCGCGCAACAAGUCUGACUGGAUGAUUCGAAGCUUGGCUAAUGCCGAUAAGGUGGUGGUCGUUCACUCUGUAGGUUCUUACGUGCGCUAUGGUUGGAAGGUGCUGCAGGGCGAUUGUGGAGUGGUCAUUCAACGAAAAGAUCCGGUGAUGUUCGAUGACCUGUUCUUGUCGCAACUUGAUAUGUUCAUCAACCAGCGGAUAUUCCCUGGUGACUCACAUGCCAAGCCGUUCGUGUCUGUUCGCUUCACCUACACACCUAAACCAUGGAUCUUGCCGUACUUUGCACCGUAUGUGUGCUACGAGGUGCCAGCCCAGCUGCAGUACUUUGUGCCGUGGUUGUUUGACACUGUUCCGUCGUCAGCCGUAGAACAACAGACAGGCACACCACCGUUUGUGGUCGAGCAAUGGAGCGACGAAUAUUCACAGCUGAAGGCUGCGGUCGAAGGUAUGCAGAAGUUCGUCAACGAUUCCAACAACUGGUUCGAAGAGACACACGUGAAACGACGCUGCAGUGACCAUUUUAGCCAGUCAGAGCGGUCGACGCUGCUCGAUCCUCUUAAUUUAGCUGUCCCUGACGAACUGCACAACUCGUUGCAGUUUAACAACACCUCCGUUACCGGCAGCACCGACGGUGUUGAAACCGUUACCUCGGUGGAUAGCGCUUGCGUCGGUUCGACUGAUUCCGUGUCCUUCUCAAGAAACAUUGGGCGGGUGGCGUUUUUAACCGGUGGCGCCUCUGCGACGUCAUUUUUGGCAUUCCGGUAUUUUUCUAACCUGCCCAGAUUCAAAUCCAUUACCCUUGGCAUUCCGAUCGCCAAUGCUGAAAAAGCAGACAGCGAUGACAACGUUCAACAGCAGACGUAUCCAAUGAAUCUGAACUUCGUUGCCGAUGUGGUCGAAAAAGUGGCACCUGCCGUUGUUUAUUUAGAAAUCGUUGGAAAUCUUCCAUUUGUCGGCAAUCAAACGGUAUCUAACGGUUCUGGGGUGAUCGUUCGAUCAGACGGCCUUAUACUGACCAAUGCCCACGUUGUAGGCAACGGAAGGCGAGGUGUGGAGGUCAAGCUGCAAGAUGGGCGCUCGUUCCCUGGCGAAGUCUGCUUUAUUGACCCGAUAUCCGAUUUGGCGACUGUGAAGAUAAAGGCGACUGGUCUUCCGGCGCUAAACCUGGGAACAAAGAGAAAGAUCCGGCCCGGUGAAUGGGUCAUUGCUCUGGGCAGUCCCUUUUCGCUUACGAAUACUGUCACCGUCGGCGUGAUUUCAAACACUCAUCGUAAGUUGGUCGACCUUGGUCAAAAUUCGCCCAUUGAGUACAUCCAGACGGACGCUAUGAUAACUUUCGGAAACAGUGGUGGACCAUUAGUGAAUCUAGAUGGGGACAUCAUUGGAAUCAAUACAAUGCAAGUGAUGUCGGGAAUCUCCUUCGCGGUCCCCGCGGACUACGCAAAACAGUUUCUGGAGAAAGUGGAUAGCUUGGAAAAGUCGAAGGGUGGAACCGGAUUUGUUAGCCGUGCCGUGUCAGUUUUGAAGAUUUUAGGUACUUCCUGGUUCUCAAGGAAGCCGCAUCAUCUGAAGACUAAAAAGUUUGUUGGCCUGAACAUGUUAACGUUGGACGAACAUAUCCUUCGUGACCUCAGGGCACGUGAUGAAAAUUUUAGUUCAAUCAGCCACGGCGUCUUGGUUCAUGGCGUAAUCAUCGAUUCCCCCGCACACCAAAGUGGAAUCGAACCAGGUGAUAUUAUCAUCGAAAUCAACAACAAGACUGUCUAUUCAACUCAGGACGUGCUGUCGAAAUUAGAAUCCUCAGAGCAGCUUGUUUUCACCAUUAUCCGACGCAAACACACGCUGAAAAUCAGUGUCUUUCCUGAAGUGGAUUAA